AUGAUGUUUCUUUUAAUACAAAUCAAAAAAAAAGAAAAACAAAGAACAAUCAUGAGCAAUUACCUCAAGUAGUUGAACCAGUUAGUGAAGAUCGUAGAAGAGAAUUAAAUCGAGCUUUAAUAAAGGCUUUUAUUUGUUGUGGUAUACCUUGGGUAGUUAUUGAUAACCCAUGUUUUAUUAAUUUACUUAAAUUGUUAGAACCUGGCUAUACUCCUCCACAUAGAGAUAUUUUAGCUAAUCGUGAAGAGGAAGCUAUUAAUUUAAUAGAAUCUCAGUUACAAGAGAAUGAAAAAUUAAAAAUUGAAGAAUUAAUUGAUUUGAAUAACUCUAUUUUUAUGGAAGAUAAUAUUGAAAAUAUAAGCAAUAAUAGAUAUAUUGAAGUUUCGACACAAUCACAAUCAGUUUAUCGAACGGCUACUAUACCUGAACCACAAGAAAAUGGUCUUGUUUAUCCUGUAAACUUAGUCACUUACCCCAAUGAUACUAUAGUCAUUCGGUUAUUUCGUAAUUUAACUUGUCCAAUUAGUAGUAAUAUUAUGACCCCACUUCGUUUCAUUUCUCCAACUUUGGUGCUUACUAUUACAAAUCUAAAUUAUGCUUUUGAUCCUGUUAAUUAUUGUCCUACAAAUCAAACAAACACCACAUUAUCAAAUCUGAUGAAUAUUUUUGCGAUACCAGAUAAUUUUUUAUUGAUACGUUAUUGGAUAGUUCCCAGUAGUUCACCUAAUAUGGUUCAAUAUUAUGGACUUAUUGUAUCUUCUAAUGGCACAAUAACAAAUAGGGACACGCCAGUACAAUUGAGUAAUCCUAUCAACAUUACCAACGCGACCGCAUCUAAUACUCAGAUUGCAACCUUAGAUAAUAAUAAGAAAGGAAUUAUUUUUGUUUCAAAUGAUUUUAAGAGCUUUGCUACGAUAGAUGGAGGUUAUCAAUUAGUUUACUCUGUUAGUUUAAAAAAUCAAGAACUUAUAUUACCGAACUCCUCAACUCUAAGUCCCACAACAUUAAUUGUUUUUUCGACCGUGUUAAGAUCUGAUUCUUCUAAUUUUACACCUCCUGUUAUAAUAUAUCAAUCGUUAAUAUCAGAAGCAACAAUUUCCAUAAGUAAUUGUCAAAGUAAUUCUGAAAAUCGUCCUGGCUAUUUAUGUAUUUUACAUGGCCAAAGUACUCCACAAAGUUUAACACCCGGAGUGAGUUUUUGGGAAAUGUUAUCUUUUAUUUCUACAGGAACUGAUGUUUCAUCAGUGGAUUUACCCAAAAAUUAUGUAAACGGAAAUGAUGUGAUCACCUAUAGCUCGGCCUAUCUUUUACAUAAUGGUGGCGUUUUAAUGUUAGGUCAAAAUCAAAAUGGUACUUUACAGGGAUCAAUUUUUAAUGAUAACGGUGCAUUUGUGCAAGAUUGGGGCUUACCUCUGUCUCAAGGGAUGAUAGCUUCAUAUACUGAGGGUAGUAACACCGUGUGGGCGGUUGCACCUUCAAUAAAUAACUCUUGGUCAGUGUAUUCUAUCGGUUUGCCUUCAUUUCUACCUAGUGAUGUCUUAUUAAUGAAUCCUAGCAUUCAAUCUAUAAACCCGACCGUCAAUUCAUCAAUCUCCAAAAAUACAUCUUUCAUUACGAUAACAUUUCGUCAAGAUGUUGCUCCGUCAGUUGCAAAUAUAACCAUAUACUACCACACCAAUGACUCUGAUAAUUUGCGCCAGACGCUUUCGGCCAAUUCAUCCGAAGUCCAUUUUAUUAAUAGAAGGCAAAUAGUAAUUGAUGUAUUGCCAAGUACUUUUAAUCAAGAAGGAGCGAAUUAUUUUAUCACGAUUGAUCCGAAUUUCGUAGCGUUAAGGGAAUCUGGUGAACCGUUACCAGGCGUAAGCAAUGGAACUUGGUCAUUUUUUACUGAGAGAACUACCAGCACUUUCACAGAUGAUGAAACUAUUUAUUUUGAAAACUUGAGUGAGGAAAACAAAACUAGUUUCUAUGAUGAACUGAUCACUUCUUUUGCAAAUGCAUUAUCUGUAAAUGUCUCAAGAUUGUCUAUACAAAGACGAUUUCAACAUGAUGCUAGUGCAAAUGAACCAUGGCCAAUUCUAUUUCGUAUGACGCUUGUUGCAGCUACACAAAUAGAUGAAAUAAAUACACAAGAUAUGCUUGAAAGUUUGGCAUCCUUGGUUACUAAUAAAAGUAUUACGAGUCUUAUGCUUUAUAAUAGUACUGCAUCCUUGGAUUCGAAUUAUGGAUUGAUACGACUAACGAGCAUAUGGGAGAGAUACCGAUUUGAAAUUGUGGGUGUGAUAUUUAUUAUCUUUGUUUUAUUUGUCUUAAUCUUUUUGUCGAAUCGCGCACAUCCGGAGGAAUUUUAUGGAAAUGACAAUUUUCACCAAUGGGCAAAACAAAAUGUUUUCGUUUCUUCAAUAUUUAUCGUUCUGAGUUACUGUGAUAUAGAAUCCUUAGAUUUUGUUUCUUCAGAUAUUGCAAAUAUAUCAUGGGUUCAAGCGCCUUUCUCCAAAGGUGUAUAUGAAGCCUUGUACAUAAGUACCUUUAUUGUUAUGUUUAUUGAAGAUAUACCACAAUUCAUAAUUCUGGUUAUAUAUUUGCAAAGAGUAGUCAUAACGAGAUUCGUUCCACUUAUUACCGUAUUUACAUGUGCACUAAUAAUAGUAACAAACAUUGUUAGUCAUGUAUAUGAUUGCAUAAACAUGAUUUGGGAUUCAAAAAAUGCUGAUACAUCAAAAAAGACAUAUAAAAAAUGGUGGGAAGUUGGAAAAGCUUCAGCUUCAAGACGAAUAUCUUCUCGUAAGCAUCCUCAUUUCUUGAGCGGAUUUGUUCCAAUUCAACCUGAUCCAGCCACUCAGGUUGUGUCCCCUGUAUCAAGUAUUGGUGUUGAAUCUAGUGUGUAA